UGAUCAGAUUCUGGACAUGGCACUUACGUCUCACGUCCUCGAGCCCUCUUUAUGUGGCUUUAACUUCGAAAACGCGUCAAGAAAUAUUGUACUGGAAAAUGGUGCAGAAGAGGGGAAAGUCAAGCCACCAAAAGCCAUGAAAACAGGCACCACCAUUGCUGGAGUGGUUUUUAAGGAUGGUGUCGUUCUGGGAGCAGACACAAGAGCCACCUCUGAUGAAGUAGUUGCUGAUAAAAUGUGUGCCAAGAUUCACUACAUUGCACCUAACAUAUAUUGCUGUGGAGCGGGAACAGCUGCUGACACGGAGAAAACUACAGACAUGCUGUCAUCAAACCUCACCAUUUUCUCAAUGAACAGCGGCAGGAACCCAAGAGUCGUUAUGGCAGUAAACAUAAUACAAGACAUGCUCUUCAGAUAUCGAGGUAUGAUUGGAGCUAAUCUAAUUUUAGGAGGCGUUGACUGCACUGGCAGUCACCUGUACACAGUUGGUCCUUAUGGGAGCAUGGACAAGGUGCCAUAUCUGGCCAUGGGAUCUGGUAAGCUGGCUGCUAUGGGCAUACUGGAGGACAGAUUCAAAGUAAACAUGGAUCUGGAGCAGGCAAAAGCACUAGUAAGUGAUGCCAUCCAAGCUGGCAUCAUGUGUGACCUGGGAUCUGGAAACAACAUCGACCUGUGUGUCAUUACAAAAGAGGGGGUGGACUAUAUCAGACCUCACAAAGAGUCUCCUUAUAACUACAAGAGACAAGCGAAGUAUAAAUAUAAAUCAGGCACAACACCAAUUUUAACUAAAACUGUGAAUCAGCUGGAGCUGGACUUGGUGCAUGAGACUGUUCAGAUGAUGGAAACAGCAGCAUCAAGUUGAUCCGAGUCAUACACCAUGAUGUCUGGAAUGAGACCUGGAAGAGGGAUCCUUUCAACUCAACUGCUGACAAACAGAUGAUGCCAUUAUAUUAGUUGUUUGUGUUCUUAAUUCCAUGACUGGUAGACCUGUGCAGAUAAUUAUCAAUAAACUAUUACA